AAGAACCAAAAAAGAUCUACUUAGACUUUUCCAAAUCGGGAAGUCCCGCUAUAAAGUAGGCCGCCCAUCCAAUUUCAAUUUCCCCAAAGUCUCCACGCAGAAAACCCACUUUGAAACUUUAUCUUACGGUUGUUCAGGGGUAUAGUCCGAAGCGACCGCAUCCACAUUAUAUAUCCUCAUCCUAAGCCCCAUCUUCCCUUUUCCUCCCCCACCACACUCUUUUUUUCCCUUUCUCAUAACCUAACGUUCGUUUUCCAACCAAAUACUUAUUCAAUAUAUCAAUAUGAUCGCCAACGUUCAGGUUGUUCUCCUCGCGCUCCUCGCCACCGCUUCUGCCGGCUCCCUUAGACCAAGACAGGAUGAGGGCGUCAAAAUCUCGCAACUCAAUAGUAAUGGAACUGGCACCAAGGGACUGGGUGAUAUUUCGGCUGCGGGGACACUAGAGCCUUUUGGUAGCAUUGGUGUUGGAUGUGGGAUUAACUGGAAUAAGGAUGUCUCCUACGGUGGUAUGUUACUCCCUUCCUCCUCAAUCCAACCCUCUUUCUCUUCCAAGGAAAGCUAGCCAGGGCUGCUGUUGUCUUCUCAACAAUCAAUAAUAUGGAUACUAAUUGUCUGCGCUUCCAGGUGGUGUCCAAGCCGGAUCCACUGAUUAUGGUCUAGGAGGUGGUUUCACCAUCUCUCCCAAAAACAUCACCAUCGGCCUGGGUAUCGGAUUGAACGGAGAUGGCAGCAACGCCUCUAUCGAUUUCGUCGCACUUAAAGAAGGAACGUUCGAGUUGACCUUUACUACCAGCAAGAAGGUGGAGUGCAAGGAGACGCAGAAGGAUGGAAAUACUGUGACGACUUGUAAGUCGACAUAGUUUUUCUUCGUGGUGAGAGUUGGCAUAUGCAGAGAAUCAAAAUACAAAUGUUUUAUACUUUGGUAUACUUUCUCCUAUAUUUUCUGUAGCUCGGAAUGGGGUUGGCUAAUUGGUUGGUGGAAGGCGGCAUUGCUAUUACUCCAGAGAAGAAUGGAACUUCUAGCACUUCUGACUCUUCUGACUCUGAGUGUGAGGUCUGAAAUGGGCGUGGGAAAUGGUGAGCAGGAAGCUUUAUUUAUCUGUCCCAAUGAACGGUAAAAGAAAGCGGGAAGACAUUCCACACACUCCUUAAUAAUGUAAUAUUAUGGUGAGAAAUUCAACGGGUAUAGGUAGACCUUUGUGGGAAGUCUACCACCUAUACCCAGGUAUAUAUGUAAGAUUACUCCAUAGUUAUAUAUAAUUAAUCAAGUUACCG